UCUCUCCUUCCCCACCACACGCUUUCAUGACUAGACCACCAUUGAUGCAUCCAGUCAGGGCACAGCCUAAGCUCUUGCUUACAUGCUAGUUUCACCAGAAAUCCAUGCAGACACUCCAUUUCUCCAACAAGACAUGCAGCAAGAUAUUGGGCAUACCUUCCCUUGGCCUUGCUCUUGUGCUGCUGGUCUGCUUGGCCUCUCCUGCCAGUUGCUGCACGGACCAGGAGAAGGGCGCCCUUCUCCAGUUCCUUGCUGAGCUCUCCCAAGACAGUGGCCUCUCUGCGACAUGGCGGAAUGGCACAGAUUGCUGCAAUUGGGAAGGGAUCACCUGCAGGCAAGAUAGGACGGUCACCCAUGUCUUGCUGCCUUCAAAGGGCCUCGAGGGGCGCAUCUCACAAUCCCUUGGAAACCUUACCGCGCUGCAGCACCUUGAUCUCUCUGACAACUCGCUGUCAGGUGGUCUGCCGCUGGGAUUGGUGUCGUCCAGCAGCAUUACUACACUUGAUGUUAGCUUUAACCAGCUCAACGGGACACUCCAAGAGCUGCUGUCAUCAACCCCUGGCGGGCCUCUGCAGGUACUAAACAUCUCAAGCAACUUAUUUGCAGGACAGUUUCCAUCCACCACAUGGAAAGCAAUGGAGAAUCUGAUCGCACUCAAUGCCAGCAAUAACAGCUUUACUGGGCAGAUACCAACUCAAUUAUGUAGCACCUUGCCAUCCCUCAAGGUGCUUGAUCUGUGUUUCAACAAAUUCAGUGGCAGCGUACCCCCAGGACUUGGUGAUUGCUCCAAGCUAAGAGAGCUCAGGGCUGGGUAUAACAACCUCAGGGGAAGACUCCCAGAUGAACUAUUCAAUGCAACCUCGUUGGAAUACCUGUCUUUCGCAAACAAUGGUUUAUAUGGAGUUCUUGAUAAUAAGCGCAUAGUCAACCUCAGAAAUCUCGCAACCCUUGAUCUUGGAGGGAACCAAUUCAGUGGAAAGAUUCCAGAUUAUAUAGGUCAACUCAAGAGACUGGAGGAGUUCCAUUUGAACAACAACAACAUGUCAGGGGAGCUGCCGUAUGCUCUGAGCAACUGCACAAAUCUCAUAACAAUUGACCUCAAGAGCAACAAACUCGGUGGAGAACUUAGCAAUGUCAAUUUCUCCAACCUGCCCAAUCUAAGAACUUUAGAUCUUUGGUCCAACAACUUCACCGGUACAGUUCCAGAAAGUAUGUACUCAUGCAGUAACCUGACUGCGCUGCGGCUAGCUAACAACAAAUUAUAUGGGCAGCUCUCAUCGAGAAUAGGCAAUCUGAAGCACCUGUCCUUCUUGUCACUUGGUAAAAACAAUUUCACAAACAUCGCAAAUGCACUUCAGAUCCUUAAGAGCAGCAAGAACCUUACCAUCCUGCUUAUUUCGUUCAAUUUCAAGGGAGAGCUCAUGCCAGAGGAUGACAGAAUUGGUGGUUUUGAGAAUCUUCAGGUGUUGGACAUGGAUGGUUGCCAAUUAUCUGGACAAAUACCUCUAUGGAUAUCAAGAGUGACACAACUGAAGAUGUUAAUUUUAAGAAGCAAUCAACUCACUGGACCAAUACCGGACUGGAUCAACUCCUUAAGCCGUCUCUUCUAUAUAGAUGUGUCAAACAACACUCUUACAGGAGAAAUCCCCUUAACAUUCACGGAGAUGCCAAUGCUAAAAUCAACUGACAACACAACUCAUUUGGACCCAAGGGUCUUUGAGCUGCCUGUUUAUACUGGCCCAUCACUUCAAUACCGUGUGGUUACAUCUUUCCCAACAAUGUUGAAUCUAAGCAACAACAAAUUCACAGGUGUGACCCCCCCACAGAUUGGUCAGUUGAACUUGCUUGCUGUACUUGAUUUCAGCUUCAACAAGUUAUCUGGACAGAUCCCCCAAUCGAUUUGCAACCUCACGAACUUGCAGGUGCUAGAGUUGUCCAGCAACAGUCUCACAGGUGCUAUCCCAGCUGCAUUGAACACCCUGAACUUCCUUGCAGAAUUCAACAUUUCAAACAAUGACCUAGAAGGACCCAUUCCAUCUGGAGGCCAGUUUAAUACAUUUCAGAAUUCUAGUUUCAAUGGGAAUCCAAAGCUGUGUGGCCCUAUGCUCACUCACAAAUGCAGUAAAGAUUCAAUAUCUCAAUCCUCCAGAAAAAAACGAGACAAGAAAGCUGUUUUUGCAAUUGCAUUUGGCGUGUUCUUCGGAGGCAUUGCUAUUCUUUUGUUGCUGGCGCGUCUCCUUGUCUCAAUUAGGCAGAAGGGUUUUACAGGAAAAAAUAGAAGGGAAAGUAAUGGAGAUGUUGAAGAACCUUCAUUCUACUCCAGUUCAGAGCAAACAUUAGUUGUGGUGCGGAUAGCACAAGGCAAGGGAGUAGAAAACAAGCUCAAAUUCGCUGACAUUUUGAAAGCUACGAACAAUUUUGAUAAGGCGAACAUCAUUGGAUGUGGAGGUCAUGGAUUAGUCUACAAGGCAGAGCUAUCUGAUGGCUCCAAGCUGGCAAUCAAAAAGCUCAAUGGUGAAAUGUGUCUAAUGGAAAGGGAGUUCAGUGCAGAGGUUGAUGCACUCUCCAGGGCACAACAUGAAAAUCUUGUACCACUGCAGGGUUACUGCGUCCAGGGAAGCUCGAGGUUUCUCGUAUAUUCCUACUUGGAGAAUGGAAGCCUGGAUGAUUGGCUCCAUAACAGGGAUGAUGGUGCUAGCUCAUUGCUUGACUGGCCUACUCGGCUCAAGAUCGCACAAGGAGCAAGCCUGGGCCUUUCUUAUAUCCAUGAUGCCUGCAACCCUCAAAUUGUCCAUCGUGACAUCAAAUCUGGUAAUAUCCUACUGGACAAAGAAUUUAAAGCUUAUGUUGCAGACUUUGGGCUAGCCAGAUUGAUCCUUCCCAACAACACUCAUGUCACAACGCAGCUGGUAGGUACUAUGGGUUACAUCCCACCCGAGUAUGGGCAAGCAUGGGUUGCUACGCUAAGAGGUGAUAUAUACAGUUUCGGAGUAGUCCUGCUUGAGCUUCUCACAGGAAGGCGACCUGUUUCAGUAUUUUGUACACCAAAAGAACUUGUCCCAUGGGUUCUACAGAUGAGGUCUGAGGGAAAGCAGAUUGAGGUCCUGGAUCCAACACUUCGAGGAACAGGGUAUGAAGAGCAAAUGCUGAAGGUGCUUGAAGCCGCUUGCAAGUGUGUUGACCAUAAUCAAUUCAGGCGGCCAACUAUCAUGGAGGUAGUCUCCUGCCUGUCCAGUAUAAACGCUGAUCCAGAGAUGCAAAGAUCAGCCAACAUAUAGUGAACUUCAAAAGAUAGAUAAUCCUUCAGUUUUGUGCACGAUGUACUUGCAACUUUUUAGUUCCACUAGAACUACUGCUUCUGUUUGUUUUGUACAUAGCCUGACAAGACUGCA